AUUUUGUGUAUUUUUUUAACCAAACUUGAAUUUUGUUUGUCAUCAAUUGGACCAUUUUCUUGCCACUCACCUGAGCAGCACGGCGGUGGGCGGGGCAGAGAGGAGCUGAUGUCACCGCACAGUGUUUUGCAGCGCAUGAACGUCAACGUUUUAUUGUGAAAUUCCGGAGCGGAAGUGGUGUGCGUGGUUCCGUUCGGGGCUGGACGGUGUCUCCUCCGCUGACAGCUGGUUCAGACAGGAGCGCUGCUGCCCCGCAGAGAGGACCGUGGAUGGACCGUGUUUCCCUCCGGAGGAUUCCUCACUGACGCGGUUGAGAGAACCGGACGGAACCAGAAGCCCACAUCGACCCGGUCCGGUCCGGCCAUGGACGAGCAGGCGGGCCCCGGUGUGUUCUUCAACAACAGCUCGGGUUUACCCGGCGGAGGGAACAUUAAAGCUCCGCAGCCUGGAGACUACGGCGGCGGAGAGGCGGCCAGAGCUCAGUACAACAUCCCGGGGAUUCUACACUUUCUCCAGCACGAGUGGGCCCGGUUCGAGGUGGAGCGGGCCCAGUGGGAGGUGGAGCGGGCCGAGCUGCAGGCUCAGAUCGCCUUCCUGCAGGGGGAGAGGCGAGGCCAGGAGAACCUGAAGAAAGACCUGGUGAGGCGGAUCAAGAUGCUGGAGUACGCCCUCAAACAGGAGAGGGCGAAGUACCACAAGCUGAAGUACGGGACAGAACUGAACCAGGGAGAGAUUAAACCUCCGAACUACGACUCAGAUGAGGGGAAUGACAGUGAGGCUCCCAGUCCUCCAAACAGCAGCCAUCAGCUCAGCUGGAAACAAGGACGCCAGCUGCUCAGACAGUACCUGCAGGAGGUCGGAUACACAGACACCAUCCUGGAUGUGAAGUCUCAGAGAGUCAGAGCGCUGCUCGGCCUGACCGGAGACUCAGGAGACAAACCGUCAGAGAAGAAAGCCGAACCGAUGGUGAACGGCACCGAACCGUCGUCACUGAAGGACAGCGGCAUGGUCAGUAAACCCGACAUGUCCGACUCGGCCACCGUGUUGGAGGCCUUCAAGUUCAUCGAGAGCGCUGCAGCAGAGUUCAGUGACGAGGAUGAAGAGGAGGACAGCGAAGGACGGGACAAGACCAUCCUGGACCUGGCUGCAAUGGUGAGGAAGAAGCAGUCGUCCACGCCGUCCUCCACGACCUCCGACCUCAGCGACGACCCCGACACAGAGGAGGCUCUGAAGGGUUUUGAUUUCUUGGCGAGUCCGGACGAGCUGGAUGGCUCGCCGCCUGAGUCCAGGAGUGGAGAGGACAGCGGAGAGUGGGAGAAGGAAGAGCAGUCUCCUCUGGGUGAGCUGGCCUGGGACGUGGACCAGGGACUGAUAGCGCAGCUCAAGGAGCAGUACAGGAAGGAACGCAAGGGCAAGAAGGGGGUAAAGAGGCCGAACCGGUCUAAGCUCCAGGACAUGCUGGCUAACCUGCGGGAUGCUGAGGAGCUUCCCUCCAUGCAGCCGCCCGUGACGCCCCCCUCCCGCCCUGCUGUACCCAGACUCAGUGAGCCUGAAGUGGGGCGGCCUGAAGACGAGGCGAUGACUUUCCUGCCGUCGUCUGGGAAGUCGUUCAUCCUGGGCAGAGUGGACGAGGCAGUUUCUAACGAGCUCGGACUGGGAGAACUGGCCGGACUGACCGUGGCCAACGAGGCCGACAGCCUGGCGUACGACAUCACCAAUAACAAAGACGCUCUGAGGAAGACCUGGAACCCCAAGUUCACCCUGCGGAGCCACUUUGACUCGGUCCGGAGUCUGGCCUUCCACCCGGUGGAGCCCGUCCUGGUCACGGCCUCCGAGGAUCACACCCUCAAACUGUGGAACCUCCAGAAGACGGCGCCCGCCAAGAAAUGUGCAGCUUUAGACGUGGAGCCCAUCUACACCUUCAGAGCUCACAGCGGAGCGGUUCUGUGCGUCACCAUGAGCUCCAGCGGGGAGCAGUGCUUCAGCGGCGGGGUGGACGGAACCAUCCAGAGCUGGAACACCCCCAACCCCAACGUGGACCCCUACGACUCAUAUGAGCCGGUGGUCCUGCGGGGGGCACUGUGCGGCCACACGGACUCGGUGUGGGGUCUGGUCUACGGCCCCGCCCACCACCGCCUCCUCUCCUGCUCGGCUGACGGAACGGUCCGGCUGUGGAACGCCGCCGACACCUCGCCGUCUCUCGCUGUUUUCAACGAGAGAGGAGAGCUCGGCGUUCCCACCUCAGUGGACCUGGUGAGCAGCGAGCCGGCUCACAUGGUGACGUCUUUCACCACCGGCCACAUCGGACUCUUCAACAUGGAGACGCAGCAGCUCGUCCUGAAGCUGGAGUCCGCCGGGCCGCCAGACGCUCCCUGCAAGAUCAACAAAGUGCUGAGUCAUCCCACGCUGCCAAUCACCAUCACAGCUCAGGAGGACCGACACAUCCAGUUCUUCGACAACAACACAGGUAAGCUGAUCCACUCGAUGGUCGCUCACCUGGACUCCGUCACGAGUCUCGCUGUGGAUCCAAACGGACUGUACCUCAUGUCUGGAAGUCACGACUGCUCGAUCCGUCUGUGGAACAUGGAGAGCAAGACAUGCAUCCAGGAGUUCACCGCUCACCGUAAGAAGUUCGAGGAGUCGAUACACGACGUGGCGUUCCACCCAACCAAGUGCUACAUCGGCAGCGCCGGGGCCGACGCGCUCGCUAAGGUCUUCGUAUGACCUGAAACCUCCUGCAGCCGCCCGGCGGGCUCAGAGGACGGGCGGAAUCCGUCUCCGUCUCCGAGUCCGGAUGAGGAAGCAGAAAACUGAACUGAUCCUUAAAGAUUUGUCGAAUAUUCGUCCCACUCCCCCCCCCGACCCCUCGGACUUAGGCUGGCCCGGGUCCCGAAACAAACACACCUCCGGAUGAGACGAUGACUGAAACAGGAAGUGGUGAAAAAUAAAAGCAGGAUCUCUCGGUACAUUUAACUAAAGCUAGUACCGUUUUUCUUUGUGUCGCAGGUAAAACCGGAGCGUCGCUCUCACCACACUCUGCCGUGUUGUUCAUGACGAUGUGCCUUUUUUCUUCAGAACAUUAAUUCAACUAACAACCCAGUUUUUAAACGCAGAUUCAGUCGGAUCAGAAUGUGUCUCGAGUCGUGACAACAGAGACCCAAACUCCACAUCUCUGUGAUCUCUGAAUCUGCACAGGACUUUUAAUUUGAAAUCCAUUUGGAGUGGUUUUAUUAUUUCCUGUUGUUGAAAGAAGAUGUGAUCAGAGUUUCAUCAGAGUCCAGGAAGGAGGUGAGAGGUCGAAGGUUAUGACCAUGAGCCGCACUGGAAUCGGUGCCUUGCUCAUGGACAGUUGUUGUCGGGUGGACAGAGACUGUCAGCAGGUCGGAGGACAUCUGAAGAGUUUCAUUUCAAAAGAGACGGAGGAGGAGCAGGAGGAGGAGGAGCAGGAGGAGCAGCAGGAGCAGGAGGAGGAGCAGGAGGAGGAGCAGGAGGAGCAGGAGGA